UCUUUGAAAGACACCUGUUUGGCAACCUCCGUGACACUGAUCAUCGAAACCGAGCCCUCAUCUACGCCUACGAAGGAAGGAAAGGAGGAGGUGACAAGCACUUCAAUGAUUAUGAUGAAUAGUACCCUUACGGAGGAAGUUUCGAGCCUGCGGCCCUCUCUCGAUGAGGUCCCCGCGAUGACUGCUCAUCCGUCUCCUCCCACGCAGGAGGAGGAACCCGACCAGGAGACCGCUCUCAGCCGGGUUCGUGCCAGUCUUCAGACUUUGGCCAAUGAUCUUCCCCGACUGCCUCGUGAAGUUCACAAGGACAUUCUGUUUGAAGCCCUGGCUGCCUUGAAAUCUAUAAUGUAA